UGGAUCCGUUCACUUGCCGGGCACUGUGCCAGCUGGGGAGGCUGGUGCAUCUUUAAUGAAGUCACCAGAUCCCUGGGACAGGCUCUCGGUCUCACCAAGUUCCUAAGCCAGACCCACUGGAUGCCCUCUGAGCCACUGCCUCUUGUACCUGGGCACCAGGCCCGUUUCCCCUGCAGCUAUGAGCCAGGCCUUCUGGAAAACCUACAAAUCCAAAGUGCUACAGACCCUGAGUGGGGAAUCUGAGGAGGAUCUGGCAGAGGAGAGGGAGAACCCAGCUUUAGUGGAGUCUGAGACAACAGAACCGACCUCAGAGGCCUUCAACCCCAUGUCACAGCUGGCCCGCCGGGUUCAGGGGGUCGGAGUGAAAGGUUGGCUGACAAUGUCAUCUCUGUUUAACAAAGAAGAUGAAGAUAAGCUGCUGCCACCGGAGCCCUGUGCUGACCACCCGCUGGCGGCGCAGGCCUCGGCGCAGGCCUCGGCGCAGGCGGCGGCGGAGGCGGAGGCGGAGGCGGCGGCGGAGCCCCGGGGGCUCGGGUUCUGGGACGCGUUCGCCAGCAGGUGGCAGCAGCAGCAGGCGGCGGCGGCGUCCAUGCUGCGCGGCGCCGAGCCCGCCCCGGAGCGGGACCCCGAAGCCGGGGAAGAGGCCACCGAGGAGGCCGCCGAGCAACCCGAACCGCGGGGGACCGACGCAGCGGCCGACUUCAAGUGGGGCUUCCUGACCCACAAACUGGCCGAGAUGAGGGCGAAGGCUGCGCCCAAAGGUGACUAGCCGGACGGCCGAACUGGGCGCCCACGCCUCCUUUCCAACAUAAAAACCCUG